GUGCAGGACCGGAUGGCCGGCAUGGCGGAUGCAGGUCUUAAGCAUCAAGAACAACUGAUGGCUGAAGUCCAUGAAGAUACGGACCGUGUUGAGAAAGAUACUUACGAAUCGACCCUAGGGAAAACACCUAGGCAGAAUGAAGGUGGAGGACUCGUUCCCUCGAAUAAUUCAUUAUCACAAGGGAUGUCCAGUAAGAGUCUCUCAGACCAUGUUAUGCCAGUUGUUCCAGCCAACCCCUUGGAAGAGAGCAGUGAAAGUAACUGCCCUGAGUCGGGGAGUAGCUUGUUUAGAACGCAGUGCGCUCCUGCCUUACCCCAGCGACAGCUACGAAGUCAGAGCUCGAGAAACUUCAGAAAGUCCAUGGCUGAGAAACCUGGGGCAGACUCUUCAAGUGACUCCACUUCAGAAGUGAGGCCCCCGUAUGAUCUGAGAGGUGGCUUUAGAUGCCGGAAAAAAAGGAAAUACGGAAAGAAAAAAUAUAAGCCAACAGGAAACCCAAGAGGAAGACCAAAAGGAACUUGGGGGAGAUUAAAUAUCCACACUACGCAAGAACAGAAGAGGCUAUUUGGAGACAAAGGCUUCAAAUUUCCACUGAUACAAAGGGAGUUCCGAAAGAAACAGUUACCCUGGAAAAUGAUCUUAGCUUAUGAACAAUCUGUUGCACGGGGAUUUCUCAACUACAUUGAAAGGCUCAAGUUUGAAAAAAGUCUCAAAGAGAUCCUGAGCCAACUAAAUACCGGGGAAGAUGUGGAUAACGAAGAACUUCAUAUGCGCGGCUGCAAAUAUGUAGAUGACGACGGAGCGAUUUCUCCUAUAGAGGAGUUGAAUGUAGAGGAUGGUGGUGACUAUGAUGAUCCAGACCGAUGGGAUGCCAGAAUAGUGGAGAAUAGUUGUUUCAUAAUAAGUACUAAAUUCCCAAAGAACGAAAAAGGGAAGAUGAUGAAAAGUUGGAAGGGCAAGAACGUGGAAGUGGAACAGCAUGGGCCAGCUGCCCUAGAGGAGGAGAAAACCCUGCCUGGAGACAGAAGGUGCAAGAGAGGCGAGACGAAGGCGAAACCCACCCAGGAGCCGAACGCACGGGAAACACCGCACGUGCUGAGCAGCCAGGAAGUAGCCCCGAGCCAGAAGGAAAAGGACAACCAGCCUGGAGUCCCAGGAAUAGAACCACAAGAGCAACCUGAAGAGCAAGGAACGGUGCUCCCCAUGAAAGAUCCUAAGUCAAAUAUUCCUAUGGAUGAAGAGGAAGUGCUCACUGAAAACAAACUCUCUGAGAAGGAAACACAGAUUUCUCCGAACAGAUGUAAGCCCACAGACCAGCACGGGGUUGAGGCAGCUCCGCCGAUGGAGGUGGAAAUUGCCCCAAGGAAAAAGAAAAGGCGAAGAAGUAUUCGUAUAGAACAGAAUGAGCCAAUGGAAGGAGAACACGUGAUCGUUCUAGGGAAGGCUGAAACUAAGACGGUACCUAAUGAAGAGGCGGACGUUUUAUCUAAAAACUCAGGGUCUGAGGAGGGAGCAGUGUUCUCAAGGGAGAAAAGGCUCAAAAGCAAACGUGUGCGGCAGUCAAAUGUAGAUGUGGAUGGAGACCAGGAAAUGCCAACAGGGGAAAUAGCCUCUAGGAAGAAGAAAAAGAAUCGUGGCUCUGGAGCUGUGUCCCCAGAACGGACGGAAACACUGAUUGCCUCUUCUGGAGAAGAGGGAUCUUUGUUGAAAAACCAACCUGAAACAAUCGCUCUUUGUGAACCUGCAGAACCACACAUGAAUGGAGCUGCAGAACAGGGUGUGCUGAGCGAGGAGGAUGUGGUAGAAGUAGCACCCAAGAAGAAGAAAAAGAAAAAAAAUCGGAAAGUGGGAGAUGCAUGCCCAGAACAGAUGGGAGAUGGAGAAACAAUGAUAGUUCUCGAGAGGAUGGAAACUAAGUUCAUGCGUACUGGAGAGGAAGAAUUAUCAUUCAUAAACCAACAGCCUGAGGAGACCCCUCUCAGAUGGAAGAGGUCCCAUUCUGACCAUGGGGAACUCGUGCAGUAUGAGGCGAUUUCAGAGGUGAACGGAAACGCAGAACAGAAUGUGCUAAACGAGGAGGACGUAGUAGAAUUAGCACCCAAGAAGAAAAAGAAAAAAAAUCGGAAAGUGGGAGAAGCAUGUCCAGAACAGAUGGGAGAUGGAGAAACAAUGAUAGUUCCCGAGAGGAUGGAAACUAAGUUCAUGCGUACUGGAGAGGAAGAAUUAUCAUUCAUAAACCAACAGCCUGAGGAGACCCCUCUCAGAUGGAAGAGGUCCCAUUCUGACCAUGGAGAACUCGUGCAGCAUGAGGCGAUUUCAGAGGUGAACGGAAACGCGGAACAGAAUGUGCUAAACGAGGAGGACAUAGUAGAGGUAGCACCCAAGAAGAAGAAAAAGAAGAAAAAAAAUCGGGACGUGGGAGACGUUUAUCUAGAACAGAUGGAAGAGGGGGAAACAAUGGUAGUUCCCAAGAGGAUGGACUCUAAGUUUCUGCUUACUGGAGAGGAGGAAUUUUCAUUCAUAAACCAACAGCCCGAGGAGACCCCUGUCAUUAGAAGGAAGGGAUUGCAUUCUGAACAUGGAGAACUUUUGCAGUCUGAGGCCAUGUCAGAGGUGAAUGGAGCUGCGGAACAGAGUGUGCCAAGUGAGGAGGAUGUAGUAAAAGUAGCACCCAAGAAGAAGAAAAAGAAAAAACAUCGGGAAGUGGGAGAUGUUUAUCAAGAACAGAUGGAAGAGGGGGAAACCCUGAUAGCUCCCAAAAGGACAGACUCCAAAAUUGUGCCAAGUGAGAGAUUUGUGUUGUUAAACCAACAACCUGAGGGGACCCCUCUUUUUAGAAGGAAGAAGUCCUUUUGUGAGCCUGGAGAACUGCAGGUGAAUGGAGCUACAGAACAGAGUGUGUCAAGUGUAGAGGAAGUAGUAGAAGAGGCACCCAGGAAGAAGAGAAAGAAGAAAAAAAAUCAGCAAGUGGGAGAUGUGUAUCUAGAACAGAUGGAAGAGGGGGAAACCCUCAGAGCUCCCAAAAGGAUAGAAUCCAAAAUUGUGCUGAAUGGAGAAGAGGGAUUUGUGUUAAACCAACAUCCUGUGGAGACCCCUCUUUUUGGAAGGAGGAAGUCCUUUUGUGAGCCUGGAGAACUGCAGGUGAACGGAGCUACAGAACAGAGUGUGCCAAGUGUAAAGGAAGUAGAAGAGGCACCCAGGAAGAAGAGAAAGAAGAAAAAAAAUCAGGAAGUUGGAGAUGUGUAUCUAGAACAGAUGGAAGAGGGGGAAACCCUCAGAGCUCCCAAAAGGAUAGAAUCCAAAAUUGUGCCCAAUGGAGAAGAGGGAUUUGUGUUGUUAAACCAACAGCCUGAGGAGACCCCUCUUUUUGGAAGGAAGAAGUCCUUUUGUGAGCCUGGAGAGCUGCACGUGAAUGGAGCUACAGAACAGAGUGUGCCAAGUGUAGAGGAAGCAGUAGAAGAGGCACCCAGGAAGAAGAGAAAGAAGAAAAAAAAUCAGGAAGAGGGAGAUGUGUAUCCAGAACGGAUAGAAGAGGGGGAAACCCUGAGAGCUCCUAAAAGGAUAGAAUCCAAAAUUGUGCCGAAUGGAGAAGAGGGAUUUGUGUUAAACCAACAGCCUGAGGAGACCCCUCUUUUUGGAAGGAAGAAGUCCUUUUGUGAGCCUGGAGAGCUGCAGGUGAAUGGAACUGCAGAACGGAGUGGGCCAAGUGUGGAGGAGGCACCCAGGAAGAAGAGAAGGACAAAUCGGGAAGUAGGAGGUGUGUUUCCAGCACAGAUGGGAGGGGCAGAAACCCUGAGAGUUCCCAAGAGGAGGGAAUCCAAGGCUGUGCCAAUUGAAGAGGAGGGAUCAUUGUUCCUAGACCAACAGUCUGAGGAGACCCGUCUCUUACCCGGAGAUCUCUUGCAGUAUGAAGCGCUGUCCGCAGUGAAUGGAACUGCAGAGCAGAGUGUGCCAAGCGAGCCGGAAUCCGUACCCAAGAAGAAGAAAAAGAGGCGGAAAACGCAGGUAGACCAACACAAGCAAAUUGCUGAGAGAGAAUUUGAUUGCCUUUUAGGCAUCUAAAUCCAAGAACAUACACGGGUAGAACAGCAUGGGCAAACUGAGGAGGAAGGGGAAUCAAAAGGGUGUUGGAAGGCCACUGGUGAAGAGCAGUUUCCACAGUUUGAAGAAGCUGAACCUUACCAAGAGAGGGCCAGGCCUUAGAGUUGAGGUGUGGCUGAAAACGGAUAGCCCUCCAGAAGGGCACAUGCAAAGAGAAAAGGGAAGUCUAAAGAAAUGGUAAAUUCAAAAGAAAGCAUGCAGAAAACAAAAAGAGUCAGAAACUAAAAAUCAAGACAACCAAAAGGAAGAAACACUCGUGAGAGGAUACAGCAACAACUAGAAAAGCCAAAAGUACAGGGAACAACUUCUUCAAAGACAUGAAGAACAAGAAAACAAGCAUGAAUUUAGUAUUUGCCUGUAAGGAAUCGGGUGAAGUGAGAACCGACAUUUGCUAAGACCUGCUGGCACUUGAAGCUCAAAAGCCCAUCGCUGCAGCUGGCUUUAGGUGGACGUGAUGGAUGGAAUGAGAUUUUGAGGUCAUUGCUAGUCUCAGAGGGUAAGUUGCCAGCUUGGGAAUCUACUUGAGGACUUUUGGGAGGGGAAAACACGUUCAUUACCAAACCUGCCUGUGGACAGGGUGGCUUUGAAGCGGUCACUUGGUGGGAAAGGCACGCUGCACUGUAUGGUAUCUACAUCCAACAGACUUCUUCCUGGUGGGAUGUUCAAAAGGCAGUGCUAAAGGAAUGCAAUAUCUGGCAUCGUUGGUUUCCUUGCUGUUUGUGCUCGUUAAACCUGGUUUUUCUAUUGCUACAGACCCAUUUAAAUGCCUAAAACGUGAUCAGUUCUACUCUGAUCUGGAGAGCUGACGCUUGGUCUUUUUUUAACUAGGUAUUUCAAUUCAGUGCACAAGUCCACCAGUAAUCCACCAGGUUAUAUACUGGAAUCCCUUGGAGGGGCAAAGAAAUCAGAAGUAAACAAUGAUACAUCAGCUCAUAGAAGACCAUUUUGAAACAUCUGAUCCUGGCUGGAGUAUUGUGGCAGGCUUGCGGGCAAGUCACACUCCCCUGUGCGAUGAACAUGGUGCUAGAACUUCAAGGUCACCAGGGAUGGUGUGUUUGCACAGAACACCCCAAACUCGUGUAUUAAUAAAGGUUUAUUGAAUUGGCUAAAA